AUGCCAAAACGAUUCCUCAAUGUUGAAUAUGACACUAUUUCUACUGAAAUCAAUGUGACUGACUUUGAAAACCUGAGUGACGUUCAGGAUGUUAUCAAGGCAAAGUAUGGCUCAGCAUCUGCAGCAGCCUCACCCGCACUACUGGAUUUUUGGACUGCUUUCACAAACUACCCUAACCCUCUUGAAGGAAACACUGUUGUCCAACUUCCAGCAGACAUAUUCAUUCUUGGAAACCAUUCAAUCGGAUCAUCCAUUUGCAUCCGUCCUUGUUAUCCUAAACUUCUUGAAAAAUCACUAUCUAUUGUGCAAUCUGCUGAUAUAUGUCAUUUGAUCAUCCUUGGAAAUCCUGGAAUUGGCAAGACAUAUUUUGGUUACUUUUUGCUGUUGCAUCUUGCUCGCUCUGGUGCUACAGUCGUGUAUGAGAGUGGAGCUGAUCAAAAAAGAUAUCUGCUUACUCCCAAUGUGUGGUCAAAAGAAGAAUUGCAUUCUUGUCGCUCAAUGCUGUUUCCUACAGUUCCACAAGAAUUGGUUGAAAGCCUGUAUUUGAAGUGUGGAGGAAUUGCUCGUUAUGUUCUUAAACAUGCAUUGGUAAAAGAACAACAGGAUUUUCUCGACAAAGCUUUAGAGGUUUCCAAUAUCGAUUCAGUUGUCAAGUCUUUUGGUAAAUAUGGUGAAAACCUAGACGCUUCAAGUUGUUUGAUUCAUAGAUCAGUCAGUGAUGGCUUCCACAGUGGUCCUUAUCAGUUUGCUUCUGACUAUGUGGUUGAUGAAAUUUACAACCGUGUCUAUGCCAGAGACCGAGAUCAUCUUAUCAGAUUCGUUUCUGUCACUCGAGAAAUUGGUGAAACUGGCCAACUUAAUAGGGUAUUAUUUGAAAAGCACGCUCAUACAGUCAUCGCUAAAGGUGGUUCAUUCAAGAUUCGUGAUUUACGUACCAAGCUGGAGUCUACACUUCAACUGCCAAUGGAUCUUAGUACUUUGUUAUUCUCCAACAAUUCUCAAGUUCAAAAUGCAACGAAUUGCUAUUUCCGUCCCAUUAGUAAUACUUUUGAAUCUGUUGAUUCGUUCAUCAAGCCAAAUCUACUUUUCCAAAUGACCGGUGCCAAAGAUCAUCCUUGCAAACAGACUGGGAUUUGUGAUGUUUUGGAAAUACUUGGUAAUCCGUCAAAACCAGGACUGUAUUGUGUUGUACCUCCUGAUCGUUUUGCCUGUUUUACACGCCAAAGCUACCAUGGAACAGAUGGUCGAGUGUUGUCACAAAACAAUACUAUUGCGAGUGUUGAGAAGUUGACUCGAUUUGUUUUGACGUUUGAACCAUCUCAUCAAUAA